UGCAUUCAACACGCACUCAAACUAGGUAGUGAACAACCAUCCAUGUAGUAAGCGCGCUACUGGUAGUUAGGUAGCCAGAGUAGUGCAUAAGAAAAGGAGAGCGAUAUGCGUGACGUUUGCGUUGGACAGAGAGGUAGAGAUGACUACUGACUGUUGCGACGAGUCCUUUACUUCCUGAUAAGAUUCCAGCAGUAAGCGGGGAACAACCGCGCGACGCGAACGCACACGUCCCGACGCCUCAUGAUAUCAUCACCAUAGCAACCAUCAUCAAUUUAGACUACAAGAACACUCAUCCAAUUGGACCACACAAAUUCAGGAUAUAUCUUCAUCAACUAUUCACACAAAAAUGAACGGGGAGACGACGGAAGUUGCAGGUGGUGGAGGUGAUGCAGGUAUAGGAAAGACGUCUUCUUCUACUUCUUCAGGCGUCGUUUUCGAGGCUUCCACUCAGACACCGACGCAGGAAAAGUGCGGAUCUCCGUUCUUCACGCAAGACGGAUACUCGCUAAAAACUCCGAACCAUAGCGCUUUCGCGCUCAGCAGCAUCCACAGGAUGCGAAGGAAUGAUCAGUUGUGUGAUAUAACGCUAAAGAUAGGUUUAGAAAGGUUCAGGGCGCACAAAGUAGUCCUGGCAUCAAUUAGUCCAUACUUUUUCGCCAUGUUCAACGGUGAUAUGAGGGAGCAGGGUUGCCCAGAGGUGGAGCUGCACGAGAUGGACGCCAUUGCCAUUGAACUUCUGGUCGAGUACGCGUACACCGGUGAGAUCACCAUCACCGCCGACAAUGUCCAAGUGCUGCUUCCCGCCAGCAGUCUGCUGCAGAUGCAGAAGGUGCGCGAGGCCUGCUGCCGUUUCCUCAUGCGACAGUUACAUCCCACCAACUGCUUGGGUAUCAGGAGUUUCGCGGACACGCAUUCAUGCAAAGAGCUGCACCUGAAAUCGCACUGUUUCGCGCUGCAGAAUUUCCAGCAGGUCGUCGCGACGGAAGAGUUUCUGCUGUUGCCGUUCCAAGAGGUGGAGGAAUUGAUUUCCAAUGGACAGUUGAACAUUGCGUCGGAGGAGAACGUUUUCGCGGCAGUUUUGAAUUGGGUCAAACACGAUUUAGCUAACAGAAGUCAGUACGUGUCGAGGUUGAUGGUGCACGUGCGACUUCCACUCGUCAACCGGGAAUUCCUGAUGAACAGAGUGGACAAUGAACGGUUGAUCCGUGAAGAUAGUCAAUGCAGGGAACUUCUGCUGGAGGCGAUGCGUUACCAUUUAGCGCCGGAGAGGAGAUGCGCCCUUUCCACGCCGAGGACGAUGGAGAGGAAACCGAAGGGCGCCGAACCCUAUCUUUUCGCAAUCGGUGGUGGGUCUCUGUUCGCCAUCCACGCCGAAUGCGAGGUUUACAACCCGAAGACGGACACUUGGAUGGCGAUCGCACCGAUGCAAUGGACCAGAUCCAGAUCGGGCGUCACCGGUCUGAGGAGGAACCUCUACGUCGUCGGAGGUUAUGAUGGAGCUUCCGAUCUGGCGACGGCGGAAUGCUACAACCCACUGACCAACAACUGGACGCCGAUCACGCCGAUGGGAACGAAACGCUCUUGCCUUGGAAUCUGCUCCUUCGACGGUCUGAUCUACGUGUGCGGCGGAUACGACGGGGCCUCCUGUCUCAGCAGCAUGGAGAGAUUCGAUCCGUUGACGGGAGUCUGGUGCAGUUGUCCUGCGAUGAACACGAGGCGUCGAUACUGCAGGAUCGCAGUCGUCGAGAAUUGCGUUUACGCUUUGGGCGGAUUCGAUUCGACGAAUUAUCAAGCCUCGGUGGAAAGAUUCGAUCCGAGAGUUGGGAGUUGGUCUCCGGUGCUUUCGAUGUCUUCCAGACGCAGCAGUUGCGGCGUCGCAGCGCUAGAUGGACACCUGUACUGCAUCGGAGGCAACGAUGGAACGAUGUGCAUGUCGAGCGGGGAACGCUUCAACGUGCGUCGCAACGCCUGGGAACCAAUAACAUCCAUGAACAACAGAAGAUCAACGCACGAGGUUGUCGCUAUUGACGGAUUCAUCUACGCGAUAGGUGGUAACGACGGAUCUUCCAGUUUGAACUCGGUGGAAAGGUACGACCCGGUUGUCAAUAAAUGGACGAUAGUUUCGCCGAUGGUGACGAGACGGAGCAGCGUCGGGGCGGCAGUCUUGGACUGCAUCAACAUCGAGAGUGUGGUCAGACAGACGAGCGUCGUCACCAAGAGCUGAUGACAACAACAACAAAAACAAACAAUCAAACGUUCACUGCCAUGGCAACAACCAAACUGAUACGAUGUGAUAUUACCCCAUUAUAUGUUAUUAUUAUUAUUUUUACGAAAUCGAAAAUAUUUUUAUUAUUUAUUCAAUGAAUUUUUAUGCAUUUGUAACAUCUGGCUUAGAUGACGACGACGAAGAAGAAAGGCUUUAAUUGUUGAUGUACUAUUAUUCAAUGUCGUGUGUGUAUAUAUAAAUAAUUAUGGAUUGAGGUGUACCAAUCUGAAAACAAUAAAAUUCUGCA